AGGUACGCAUUAUCCUAUUUUCAUUUUGACAUUAUGACUUCCGGUCAAAACACGUUGUUUCCAGCUGCAGUCGCUACCAUUUUUGAUAGCUGGACAGUACUUCAGUUAGCUGUUACUCAAGGUUUUGGUGGAGCAGAGAGCAAGGAAAAGGCAGAAUGGAUGAUCACAGCGGUAGAUCAGUGGUUCAGGGAAAACAAGGAAAUUGAGGUGUUCGAGGUCGAAGAUUUUCUAGCUGACAUUAUGAACGCAGAGUUUGAUACCAUAGUGGAAGACGGGAGCUUAUCACAGAUUUCUGCACUGAUAUGCAAGGUCCACAAACUCUGCUGUGAGGGCAAAGAGUCUGAGGUUAGGGAACAGGUACAGCGCCUGCCAAAAGCUGCUGUCCAGAACUGUUCACGUGUGGCAGGUAACGAGGAAGAUGGGGAUGAAGAUGGGGAGGACAGCAAUGGUGUACAAGGGGGGAGUAACUCUUCAAAUGCCAGUUGUAAUGGGAGCUUGAGUAAUGGACAGGACAGCACGAACGCAUGUCAAGGUGGAAACCAAGAAUUAAAAGAAGAGAGUAUGGAGACAGAAGAGGAAGAGGGUUGGACCACAGUGCAUCGUGGGAAACGGAGAUAGUGUAUAUAUAGCAAUCAAUAAAUUAUAUAAUCAAA